UGUCAUUGGCUGCGGCGCACGUCGUUGACGGUUUUCCGCCGGUCUCAUUGGUGCUUUCUCUUGUUUUCAGGGAGCGGUCUUUUAUAUUCUCACAUCUGAUUGGCUUGGUCCGCUCAGGCGCGAUUUCUGACGCGGGAAAAAGUGUAAUAGGGUCGGCUAACUGGAACAAGUACCACCGUGAGUUUAGCGGAAAGUACCUAGUUUUACCGACGCAGGCGUAGAGAAAUUAUUAAUCUGUUACGCGUCUUUUAUGGAAAUGAAUAUCUUAUUGCAGAAACGACCCGUAUAGUUGACUCGAUACUUCAGAUAAAUUGACUCGACUGCAUAUAGGACUGUGGGGUUUUCCUGGCACUGGAUACUUUUAUACUUUUAUAUGACACUUACUUUGAUAUCCGCAAGGAUUUCAUCCAAUAUUUUAUAAAGGGCGUUUUGAAAUUUUGAUAUAUUUUCUCCACGAUGACAGACGCCAAGCACCCUCAAGUCAUUUUUUGCAACGAUUCUCCUAAAAGAGUGCUGGUUUCUGUGAUCAAGACAACUCCAAUCAAGCCGAAGGCUAUGGACUCGGUGAUGCCUACUAGUCCCGGUUUUAGUGAUUUUAUGGUUUAUCCGUGGCGAUGGGGAGAAAAUGCGCACAAUGUAACGCUGAGUCCCGGAUCAGGCAACGGAGCCGCUUCUCCCCCGAGAAACAGCGCUGCCUCCGAGCCCGACAUCGCGUCCUGCACAGACCACCUGAAGGAUGGGAUCCGUCGUGGCCGCCCACGUGCCGAGACCGUGCGUGAGCUCAUCAGUGAGGGCGAGAACUCCACUAGCCGCAUCCGCUGCAACGUCUGCAACCGUGUUUUCCCCCGAGAGAAAUCACUGCAGGCACACAAACGCACACACACAGGAGAGAGGCCGUACCUGUGUGAUUAUCCAGACUGUGGGAAGGCCUUCGUCCAGAGCGGCCAGCUGAAAACCCACCAGCGACUCCACACCGGGGAAAAGCCUUUUGUUUGCUCAGAGAAAGGCUGUGGUAGCCGUUUCACUCAUGCUAACCGACACUGCCCUAAGCACCCAUAUGCCAGGCUGAAGAGAGAGGAGCCCAGUGGUGAGCCUGGAAAAUCACAAGGGGCUGACAACAAGGCUGUGGCUGAAUGGUUAACAAAGUACUGGCAGACGCGUGAGCAGCGAACCCCGGUGCCGAGUAAAGGAAAAACCCUGAACAAGGCGACAGUGGAGGAUCAGGAGCAGCAGGACCCCAUGGACUUCCUGCCCUCUGAUGAAGGUGAAGAGGAAGAGCAGGAUGAGGGAAAGAACAAUGCAGGAGGAGUAGCCGCUCGGCGACGCCUCCAGGAGCAGAGAGAGCGGCUCCAUGGAGCACUGGCUCUUAUUGAGCUAGCCAACAACCUGUCUCCAUAAACUAAACCCUGGGGUUGCAUAUUGCUGCGUAAAUUCUAGCUUGCGUCCAAACAUGACAAGCAAAAUGUCUAAAUUUUUUUUAUCUAAAUUUAGGUAUUUGGUCAAUAAUUGACAUGGCAAAGCGAGUUUGCCACAUUUGCAACCCUAGGAUUUAUGGCCUGUGGGGGCCGACAUAAGCUAAAAAGCACCUUAUUUUUGCUUACAGUUUUAACCUUAGGCUGCUACUAUGGUAGAUUUGUUUAUAUGAAGAAUGUUUUACUUUUUUCAGCUUAUCAAAGAGAGAGACUUUCAUUUUCGUGUUUUGUUUGGAUUUUGUCAUGCACUUUUUGAGGUAACGAGUUUUUCUCUUUCAGUUGCGUGUUGUAUUGAGCAUGUUUAUAUCAUGUACAUAGAUGGACUUAGGUGUGUGUGUGUGGUUGUGAUUUGGAGUGCAUUAAGAUGCUGCACUUGUCAUUUGGUGUGGGAAUAAGCAGAUCAGUCAAAAGAAACCAGCAUGGGCUUUGUGAGAGGAGAGGCUGCACUCUCUGAUAAGCUGCACCUGAGUUAACACAGUAGAGCAAUUUCUUACACAUAUUCAGUCCACAGUUUUGUCAUAUGUAUGUUAUACUACGCCUGAGGUUUAGACAGCGCAGUAACAAUAACUAACACAAGCUUGGUGAAACUAUAGAAAGCUCCAUAUACUUUCCAACAUGCAAGAAUAUAUUAGCUUAUAGCAGCCAGUGUUUUAUGGUCACAUGUCAUAUUAAAGGAAAUUCACAUUAUUUAGUGUUACUUCUACAUAAAGCAGUUUGGCAGUGGGAUCAUCGUUAAUGGUUAUGUCAGCUUUCAAAGUGUGACUGGAGAAAGAUUUUCCACUUAAAAUCAACAGACAGCACUUGUUUUGGCAACGAGAAGAGUUUUUUUUUUUCCUGUGCUGAUGAUGGCAUAUUUGCAGUUUAACACUACAUUAGGUUGUUUUUUUUCCCUCUCCAAAACCUUUGCCAUCAUUUUUUUUCCAUUGUAACACCUCCAAACACUGAUAAAAUUGGACGGUCAGUACGGUGAAGUUUGGUUGAAUUACAUGAACUCCAAAGCCUAAUCCGGUGAAAAUAUACAAAACUGGAAAAUACCUUUACUCUUGAACAUCUAAAACGAAAACAGAUUAUAUAAUGUACACCUAAUUUUUGUAUUGUGUUCUUAUAUGUGUAUAUAAAUGAAUAAUAUAUUCCACAAAGUCAUUUGGAAACAUGCACAAGUUCUAAGUUAAAUUCUCAGAAGCAUCUUUUGUAAGAAAAAAAAUUUUGUGUGUGCGUGACACCAGAAUGUAAAUCAAGUUGUUCAGUCUGUAACAUGGAAAAGUUUGAUGUUUGAAAAAGGACAUUGUAAAUGUACAAAGCAGGCAGUUUCUUGGAUUAUCCUGGUUAGUACUGCUGGUUUUCAAUAAACACCAUAAAUGACUGACAAUAA